AUGGACCCCGCCGCUCGUCCACAACCUCAAGUCCAGCCUUGUAGAUACAAGGUUGGCAAGACGCUAGGAGCAGGCUCCUACUCUGUUGUCAAGGAGUGUGUCCAUAUUGACACUGGCCGCUACUAUGCCGCCAAGGUCAUUAACAAGCGCUUGAUGGCGGGUCGCGAACACAUGGUUCGCAAUGAGAUCGCCGUCCUCAAGAAGGUCUCCAUGGGUCACCAAAACAUCCUCACCCUCGUUGACUACUUCGAGACCAUGAACAACCUCUACCUCGUCACCGAUCUUGCCCUAGGAGGCGAACUCUUCGACCGAAUCUGCCGAAAGGGCUCGUACUUCGAAUCCGAUGCCGCCGACCUCGUUCGCGCUACACUCUCCGCUGUCGCUUACCUUCACGACCAUGGAAUUGUCCAUCGCGAUCUCAAGCCCGAGAACCUGCUCUUCCGCACCCCAGAGGACAAUGCUGACCUUCUCAUUGCUGACUUUGGUCUUUCGCGAAUCAUGGACGAGGAGCAGUUCCACGUUCUUACUACAACUUGUGGUACUCCGGGAUAUAUGGCUCCCGAAAUCUUCAAGAAGACGGGACACGGCAAGCCUGUCGAUCUUUGGGCGCUUGGUGUCAUUACCUACUUCCUUCUCUGCGGUUAUACCCCCUUUGACCGCGACUCCGACUUUGAAGAGAUGCAGGCCAUCCUCAACGCCGACUACAGCUUCACCCCGAUCGAGUACUGGCGCGGCGUCUCAAGCCACGCCAAGGACUUUAUUCGGCGCUGCCUGACCAUUGACGCUACCAAGCGCAUCACAGCUCACGAGGCCCUUCAACAUCCUUUCGUCGCAGGAUUUAUCAAUGCCGAGGGCGAGAGCCAGAACCUGCUGCCCAACAUCAAGAAGAACUUCAACGCCCGCCGGACCUUGCACGCAGCCAUCGACACUGUUCGUGCUAUUAACAAGCUCCGUGAGGCUCAGAAUGGUCUGAUGGACGGCGCUCGAUCCAAGGAGCCCAACCGCGGUGCUGCACGACAAAUGACGUGGUCAUGGGCAACACGGGGGCCUCCAAUGUCCCAUCCGCAUUGCAACCGGGCAACAACGGGAACCGCAUCAUCGAGACGUCCAAGGGCCUCUGGAGCGGACCCGCCAUGA